AGGUUUCCAGUUUCGAGCAUUAAAAAGCUGGAAGCUUGAAAAGCUUUUCUUGGUCUCUGAUAAGCUUUUGGUAUGAACUGAAGAUGACCUGGAUUUCUGUACUUUUAUCAGCUUUUCAAACCUCCUUGGUAUAAAACAGAUGAGGAGCAAGGAACCCGUGGAGCAGCCUAAUUUUUUUGCGUCAAGUUACUUAAUAAUGAAUUGAUUGUGGAAAUGAAAGGUAUUUCUCAGUCUGACCCAGUGGAGUCAGUGGAUUGUGGGACAGCUGAUUGCAGUGGAAGAGGAGGCCUGAUGACAAAAAAGUAGCUGGAUGGGGCUGGGAGGAAUACAUAAUUCGUGUGCAGAGAGGAAUUUCCAUGGAAAACAGUUGGCAGAUUGUGAGAAGAUACAGUGACUUUGAUUUGCUUAAUAGUAGUUUGCAGAUCUCGGCUCUAAGUCUACCUCUACCUCCCAAAAAGUUGAUUGGGAAUAUGGAUCGUGAAUUCAUAGCUGAAAGACAGAAAGGACUCCAGAACUAUCUCAGCGUCCUCACUGCCAGUCACAUACUGUCUAAUUGUGAAUUGGUAAAGAAAUUCUUGGAUCCAAACAACUAUUCUGUAAACUAUACAGAAAUUGCCUUACAGCAUGUUUCGAUGUUCUUCCGGUCGGAGCCAAAGUGGGAGGUGGUAGAGCCACUAAAAGAUAUAGGGUGGCGAAUACGUAAGAGGUAUUUCUUAAUGAAGAGUAAGAAUCAACCAAAGGAGCGACUCAUGUUAAGCUGGGCUGACUUUGGCCCUGAUAAAUAUUUGUCUGAUAAAGACUUCCAGUGUGCUGUGAAACUUCUUCCUUCUUGUUCUCAUCCCUACAUUUACAAAGUCACUUUUGCCACAGCCAAUGAAUCCUCAGCACUGGUAAUUAGACCGUUCAAUGAGAAGGGGACACUAAAGGACCUUAUCUAUAAGGCAAAACCAAAAGACCCAUUCCUGAAGAAGUACUGCAAUCCCAAAAAAAUUCAAGGUCUUGAACUUCAGCAAAUAAAAACAUUUGGGAGACAAAUACUAGAGGUAUUAAAAUUCUUGCAUGAAAAAGGAUUUCCUUAUGGGCAUCUCCAUUCCUCCAAUGUGGUGUUGGAUGGUGAUACAUGCAGGUUGCUGGAUCUAGAGAAUUCCUUGCUGGGACUCCCAUCCUUUUAUCGAUCGUAUUUUUCACAAUUUCGGAAAAUUAAUACUUUAGAAGGUGUUGAUGUACAUUGCUUUGGUCACUUACUGUAUGAAAUGACGUAUGGGAGACCUCCAGAUUCAAUCCCAGUGGAUGGCUUCCCUCCUGCUCCAUCAGCGUCAGUCGUGUCUGUUUUGGAAUCCUUACUCUCCUGUGAAGCCCUAAAGAAUGGUAUGCCAGCUGUCUCCAAGAUCUUACAGAUGUCAUUAUUCAGUGAUAUUCUACUAACGAAUUCCGAGAAACCGCAGUUUAAGAUUCCCACAAAGUUAAAAGAGGCAUUGAAAGCAGCCAAGGAAUGCAUAGAAAAGAGACUCACUGAAGAACAGAAACUGAUUCACCAGCAUAGAAGACUGACAAGAGCUCAGUCUCACCAUGGUUCUGAGGAAGAGAAAAAGAAAAGAAAAAUCUUGGCACGGAAGAAGUCAAAGCUCACUGCCUUUGAAAGUGGGGAAGAACACUUGGCAAAAUACAGCAACUCAAACAAUUCAGGCUCUGGGGCGAGUUCCCCUAUGACCUCUCCAUCGUCCCCCACUCCACCCUCUACGGCAGGAGUCUCAACUAUACCCCCACCGCCGCCACCACCAGCAGCUCCUCCACUUCCUCCUCAAAUGGAUGGGGCAGUGCAUCCUGACCCUUCGCCUGCUGACAGUGCCAGCCGAGAAGCCUUACUCAGCUCCAUUCAAAACUUUCAGAAAGGAGCUUUGAAGAAAGCAGACACAUGUGACUACAGUGUUCCCAGGAUCAGCUGAAGUUAACUCUUCACAGCAGGAUCGGAUAUUUUUCCCAUGAACUGUCCUCAGUUGAGGCAUGAUCAGCCACUUCAUGCUGGUCUAUUAUUUUGCAGCUGUUUCUUCUGAACCAUUUCAGCUUUUUCUAGAGAAAUUAUUUCUCCUUGUCAUUGAGUAGCAGCACUACGUCGUUUUGACCUACAUUGCCAUAUUGUGGUGAUAACUAUUGACUUCAGUUAUUCCAGUUAAAAUGAAUAACUUCUAGUUAAGUGAUUUUUGGGGAGGGAGACAGGUAAAGCAAUAUUUCUACAAUCUGAAAAUAAGAACAAGCAUGAGGAUACUGACUCUGUACAUCUGAUUCCACCCUACCCCUUAUUUCAAACACACCUGAAAAUCUAAUCUUAGUCUGCCCUAUUUUCCUGUAAUUCCUUGUAGUUGGCACAUUACAUUUUUGCUGCAUCAAAAAUCACUCAUUUGCUUUAGAUACUCAUUUUUUUAAAAAAGCACUUAAUCCAAAAGUGUACUACACUGGUGAGGGAACUGUAGAUUUUUAACUUUGUCUCUAUGGCAUACUUGCCAUUAGAGGGUACUCCAGAAUUCAACAAUGUAGCAUGAAUGCUGCUCAUGCUUGUAUGUAAUGCACUGUUGGAACAACCCCCUAAACAUGUAGCUGUUUCCAGUUACAUGUACAGGGGAAACAAACAGCCUGUUAAUUCAGGCAAUAAAAUGGGAGUUAAUUUGGCAUGGAUUAUUCAACACAAGUUCUGGAUUGGGGAGUUUUCAACACAGGUAAACUUUGCAUCCAUAUGAAAUUACUCUUGUUCUUGGGGAAGUUGCAGAACAUAUUUUGUUUUAAAAUGCUGACUGCUUGAAAAGAUUUGCUUAUUCUAUGAUUUGCUUAAAACCUUAAACAAAUUGCACUUUAAAGGAUUAUAGAUAAUCCAUUUUAAAUUCAAGUACACAUCUGUGUUUACUAUGCAGAGAAUGUUGUGUAAAGUUUCCUGUAACCUGUGAUAUAUUCAGUCAUAUUUUUAUUAAAAUAAAUGUCAUUGGAAUUCCUCC